AUGGAGCGCAAAAGGAUAAGAAGGUUUAUUCAAGAGUUAAAUGUAGAAAUCCAAGAAUCCCUAGCAGCCGCCCAGACCACCACUUUUACGGAUGCCUUGGAUAAGACACAGAGGGUAGAGAAUGUUAAGUCUCAAUCUAAAGCUUUUCAUGCUAGAAAGAGAGGUAAUCCAAGUAAUGCCUCUGGAUCGUCCGAGAAAUCUACCCAACCCCUUAAGAUGGGAAGAGGGGAUGGAGGAGCCGUGACUCCUCGUGUGACUUGUGGAUACUGUGGCAAGCCUAACCACACUGAGGCCGAGUGCUGGAGAAAGUACGGAAAAUGUCUGAUCUGCAGUAGUGCCGAGUAUCAGAUUUCGAGUUGCCCUAGUGCCUCUAAGGAAGGAGGAAAUACUCAGCAGCCUGCUAGAUCCGCUUCAAAGCAAUCGAGUGCCGAAGGGAGCCGACCAAAAGUGCCAGUUAGGGUUUACGCCUUAGACAACCAGCAAAUCCCUAACUCAACUGAAGUGGUAGAAGAUACGAUCCCCAUUUUUCAUCGCCUAACUAAGGUUUUAAUUGAUCCCGGGGCAACCGAUUCAUUCGUAGAUCUUAACUUUAUGAAGGGUAUAGAUGUAAUGUGUGAUUUCUUGCCUUUUGAUUUGGAAGUUAAGACUCCUAUGGGGAACCAGUGCCAAAUUGCUAAUAAAAUUUAUAGAAAUUGUGAGAUUUGGAUUGGUGAGAGGAAAUUGUUGGAAGAUUUAAUGAGUCUAACAAUUAAGGGAUAUGAUGCGAUGCUUGGGAUGGAUUGGUUAGCUCGAUACCAAACUCAAUUGGAUUGUAAGAUGAAAUUAGUAGAGUUGCACAUUCCGGGGAAAGCAACUUUGAAGUUAGAUGUGAGGGGUAGACUAGCAUCGUCUGCUUUAAUCUCAGGGAUUCGAGCUAGGAAAUUGUUGAGUAGUGGGGCUAAAGGAUAUCUAAUCUUUCUUAUAAAUACACCUGAGGAUAAAGUGAAGUUGGAAAACGUUCCAGUAGUGAAGGAAUUUUUCGAUUUCUUUCCCGAGAAAUUAGAGACGUUGCCUCCAGAGAGAGAAAUAGUGUUUAAAAUUGAUGUAGCUCCGGGGAUGGCACCUAUCUCUAAGACGCCUUACAGGAUGGCUCCAACUGAAUUAAAAGAAUUGAAGUUGCAGUUACUAGAUUUAUUAGGAUGA